GAAAGGACUGCUUGUCGUGCUGGUAUGAGGUAGCGACAAACUUGUGGCGAAGGAUGUUACAACAAACGCUGCAUGGAGCCCUGUGAACUUGCUCUAGCAUUUCAGAAAAGCUGCGUGAAGCACACUCACUGGAGAAGUGCCAGUUUGAAGACAGCCUGGCAAAGGAAAGGUUUGGACCAAAGGCUAGUCAAUUUCUAGAGCGAACUGACUAACUCCCACUCUUUGACUUUGGUCAAGAGUUGCGCUGGCCUUGCCACCACCGCUGUCAGCAACAUUUAGACUAACUCAGGGGAAAGCAGCUGGACUUUUCCUGCCUCCAGGAAGAAUGCCAACUGUGGAUGACAUUUUAGAGCAUAUAGGGGAUUUUCACUUUUUCCAGAAACAAACAUUUUUCCUCUUAGCUCUGCUCUCGGCGGCCUUCACCCCUAUCUACGUGGGCAUCGUCUUCCUGGGGUUCACCCCGGACCACCGCUGCCUGAGCCCCGGGGUGGCCGAGCUGAGCCAGCGGUGUGGCUGGAGCCUGGGAGAGGAGCUGAACUACACGGUGCCCGGCCACGGGGACGCGGGUGGAGCCUUCGCCCGCCAGUGCAGGAGGUACGAGGUGGACUGGAACCAGAGCGCGCUGGGCUGCGUCGACCCGCUGGCCGGACUGGAGGUCAACAGGAGCCUCCUGCCGCUCGCCCCCUGUCAGCAUGGCUGGGUGUACGACUCGCCCGGCUCCUCCAUCGUGACCGAGUUUAACCUCGUGUGUUCCAACUCCUGGAAGCUGGACCUGUUUCAGUCAGGAGUGAACGUAGGAUUUUUUAUCGGUUCUGUGGGUAUCGGCUACAUAGCAGACAGGUUUGGCCGUAAGCUCUGCCUCUUAAUUACAAUCCUCAUAAACUCUGCCUCUGGAGUUCUCAUGGCCAUUUCCCCAACCUAUACAUGGAUGCUAAUUUUUCGCGUGAUCCAAGGACUGGUCAGCAAGGCGGGCUGGUUGAUAGGCUACAUCCUGAUUACAGAAUUUGUGGGACUGGGCUACCGGAGGACAGUGGGGAUCCUUUACCAAGCUGCCUUUACCUUCGGACUCCUGGUGCUGACCGGGGUGGCUUACGCGCUCCCUCACUGGAGGUGGCUGCAGUUCACGGUUUCGCUGCCCAACUUCUGCUUCUUGCUCUAUUACUGGUGCCUGCCCGAGUCUCCAAGGUGGCUGAUCUCCCAGAACCAAAAUCCUAAAGCCGUCAAGAUCAUUAAGCAUAUUGCUGAGAAAAAUGGGAAAUCCCUGCCUGCCUCUCUUCAGAGCCUUAGACCUGAUGAGGAAGUUGGCGAGAAGUUGAAUCCUUCAUUUCUUGACUUGGUCAGAACCCCCCAGAUAAGGAAACACACCUUGAUCUUGAUGUACAACUGGUUCACGAGCUCUGUUCUCUAUCAGGGCCUCAUCAUGCACAUGGGCCUCUCUGGGGGCAAUAUCUACUUGGAUUUCUUCUACUCUGCCCUGGUUGAAUUCCCAGCCGCCCUCAUCAUCAUCUUCACCGUCGAUCGCAUCGGUCGCCGUUAUCCUUGGGCUUGGUCAAAUAUGGUGGCAGGGGCAGCCUGUCUAGCCUUGGUUUUUAUCCCUGAAGAUCUACACUGGCUAAAAGUUACCAUCGCGUGCUUGGGUAGAAUGGGAAUUACAAUGGCUUAUGAAAUGGUUUGCUUGGUUAAUGCUGAGUUGUACCCCACAUUCAUUAGGAAUCUUGGGGUCCUCGUCUGCUCCUCGAUGUGUGACAUCGGUGGCAUUAUGACGCCCUUCCUGGUGUACCGGCUCACUGACGUCUGGCAUGAACUCCCGUUGGUGGUUUUUGCUGUGGUUGGCUUGAUUGCUGGAGGACUGGUGCUCCUGCUACCUGAAACCAAGGGGAAGGCGUUGCCUGAAACCAUCGAUGAUGCUGAAAACAUGCAGAGACCAAGAAAAAAUAAAGAAAAGACCAUUUAUCUCCAAGUCAAGAAAGUGGACAUUCCACCAAACUAAGAAGAGAGGCCAUCUCUCCUGCUAUGGCUUUGCUUUGAUGAUGCCAAUGCUGUAAUCAAAUAUUUCUUCAUUCAUCACAAAGCCCACAAAAUCCAACCUUACUUCCCUUUGAAUCCUGUCAUCUUAGAUUUUAGUUUGGGGACUAUCGUGCAAAAAAUCUACCCAUGGGACCAGAUCCUGCCAAGCUCCUCCAGCUCACUCUAACUCAGGCAUUCCUAGGACAAUCGUUAUUGGUUGGCCAGGAUUUUUUCCCACCAUUGUAUUUCUUUUUUUUAAUUCCUUUCCCUAUAAUGACAUCAAACCAAACACAAAGGGAAAUUGUGUUCCAAAGAAACAGAAAUAUACGAAAAUCAAUAAAGAUGGGAGCAGAGAGUAUGUUUACUUAAAGAUAGAAAACACCCAAAGCAAUAUCAUAUUGUCCAGAAUGUGUGUCAAGAGCUUUAAAUCAGAUGUGGAGAAAUUUUUAAAUAUGUUGAUUAUUUUCUGAGUUCAACUUUAAGGAACCAAAAACAGAGCAAUCAGGAAUACUUGAGGAAUCACGAAGUCCUUUAUUUAGACAGGAUAAACAUAAAUGUGUGAUUUUUACAAAAGGUAUUGAGAAGAGUUCAAUAAAGAGCAAGUGCUGACACUGGCAGUAUUAAACUGUGUGUGAUCAUUUUUCCAUCUGGUGAAAUUUUCUGUAGACUGGUGUAUUUUAAAAAUUAUAUUGAUUUUUUAGCAAAGUAAUAUAGUAAAUAGUUUUUUUAAAAAAGUAAAUACUACAAGCCCUAUAAUGAAAAACAAAAAUGCCUUGCCCUAUUUCACCUCUACCAACU